AUGGCGGGGAAAAAAAUCAUUGCUAUUUGUCAGUCGGGAGGUGAAUUUGAGACAGAUAAGGAUGGAUUUUUGUCCUACAAGGGUGGGGAUGCUCACGCUAUGGAAAUUGAUGACAAAAUGAAAUACAGGGAUUUUAAGGUGGAGGUUGCCGAGAUGUUUAACUGCAACCUUGGCACCAUGUCUGUCAAAUAUUUUCUCCCAUCCAACAAGAAGACACUUAUCUCAGUCUCCAACGACAAAGACCUUAAACGGAUGAUUAAGUUUCAUUCUAACUCUGAUACCGCUGAGAUUUUUGUUAUGAAUGAAGUCGUUGUGCCUGAUACUUCCCACAUGCCCGGUAGUAGGUCAAGCAGGACUACUCUGUCGGAAGAAAGAGUUCCCAUGGAUACUGCUCCGCUAGAUGCUGUGGAAAAUGUUGCAGAUGAUUCAAACCGGGCUGAGGCUGAGGCUGAGGCUGAGGCUGAGGCUGAGGCAGAGGCUGGUCUCCUGCUUGAUGCCACCUUCGAUAUUGUAGGUGAUACUAACCAUGGUGAUGUUGAUAUUGAUAUACCGGUAGAUCUCACUGCACCGCUUAGUAUUGAUGAGUCUUAUGGUGAAAAACUUCAUAAAGCCACAGAUGUAUGGCAAAAUAAUAUUACUGGAGUGGGCCAAAGGUUCAACAGCGUGCAUGAAUUUCGCGAGGCUUUACGAAAAUAUGCUAUUGCACAUCAGUUUGCUUUUAAAUACAAGAAGAAUGACAGUCAUCGUGUGACGGUUAAGUGCAAAGCAGAGGGGUGUCCUUGGAGAAUUCAUGCAUCAAGGCUGUCAACCACUCAGUUGAUCUGUAUUAAGAAAAUGACUCCAACACAUACAUGUGAUAGGGGUGAUUUAACAACUGGAUACCAGGCGACAAGAAGCUGGGUUGCUAGCAUCAUAAAAGAGAAAUUGAGGGCAUUCCCAGCGUAUAAGCCGAAGGACAUUGUGAAUGACAUCAAGCAGGAAUAUGGAAUUCAGUUAAAUUACUUUCAGGCCUGGCGAGGGAAGGAGAUUGCGAAGGAACAAAUCCAAGGUUCUUACAAAGAGGCAUAUAGACAGUUACCUUACUUUUGUGAAAAGAUCAUGGAGACGAACCCUGGUAGUUUUGCAACUUUUACCACAAAAGAAAAUUCAAGUUUCCACCGUCUUUUUGUUGCGUUCCAUGCAUCAUUAUAUGGCUUUGAACAUGGUUGUCGUCCUCUUCUCUUCCUUGAUAGCCAACUUUUGCGUUCGAAAUACCAAGGUACACUUUUGGCUGCAACUGCUGCUGAUGGAAAUGAUGGUGUUUUCCCUGUUGCUUUUGCUGUGGUGGAUACAGAAUCUGACGAUAACUGGCGUUGGUUUUUGCUACAACUUAAAACUGCACUUUCAAGAAUUCGCGAGAACACUUCCAUGGUUGAUGGCGAGGCAAUGGGGGAAAAUGAGUCAUCCACCGGCCGCAGUAUAACAUUUGUUGCUGAUAGAGAAAAGGGUCUGAAAGAAUCAAUUGCGGAGGUUUUCCCUAAUGGUGAGGCGUACCAUGCUUAUUGCCUGCGAUAUCUUUCUGAGCAACUUAUCAGAGAUCUGAGAGGUCCUUUUCCUCACGAAGUUAAACGUCUUUUGGUAGAAGAUUUGUUUGCUACUGCUUAUGCUAAUAGGCCUGACGGCUUUCAAAGCUGUGUUGACAGCAUCAAGGGUAUCUCACAUGAGGCCUAUAGCUGGAUCAUGAAAAGUGAGCCUGAGCACUGGGCCAAUGCAUAUUUCCCUGGAGCAAGGUAUAACCUAAUGGUUUCAAACUUUGGAGAGCUAUUUUACAGCUGGGUGUCAGAUGCUAAUGAACUGCCUAUCACCCAGAUGGUUGAUGCAAUAAGGGGGAGAAUAAUGGACUUGAUCUAUGCCCGGCGGUCUGAGCCUGAGAAAUGGCAGACAAGGCUGACUCCUACAAUGGAGGAAAGGUUUGAGAAGGAAAGCCUUAAGGUUCGUCCGCUUCAAGUAUCGUACUCACCUGGGUCAUCGAGCACAUUUGAAGUUCGUGGAGAUUCCAUUGAAAUUGUUGAUGUUGAUCACUGGAAUUGUAGUUGUCGAGGAUGGCAACUCACUGGUUUGCCUUGCUGUCAUGCCCUGGCUGUUAUUAGUAUCGUGCAGCGGGACCCAUAUGAUUAUUGUGCUGGAUGGUUCACUGUUGAUAGUUACAUAAAGACCUAUUCAGAGUCUAUUCAACCUGUCCCAAUUGUGGAAAGGCUUGGGAAAAGGGAUAUCUCUCAAGGUUCUGUAACUGUAACACCCCCUCCUACUCGCCGUCCUCCUGGUAGGCCUACUACUAAGAAAACUGCAUCGCAUGAGUCUAUGAAACGUCAGCUCCAAUGCAGUAAAUGCAAGGGUACUGGGCAUAAUAAGUCAACUUGCAAGGAGUUUACAUUAGAGUUUUAG